CCUUGUUUAGGCUGCGCACAGAUAUGUGAACUUUUGUAGCUCUGCUUUUCCGUCUUCGCCCGUGAAAGCGUUAAAGGUAUCAGUCUCCUUCCCCGUUCCUCCAGUCAGCCAAGAACAGGAAAUGCAAAAAGCUCUUCAUGAAGAUGACCAGGAGUCCUCAGAAGGCAUUUUUUACCAAGAUCCCGCUAGGAGGGAUUCUUUUAGUCAGCAACCAUUUCUGUAUCCAUUGGCACAUCAGGAGUCAGAAACACCUACAGGGUCACCAGUGGACCAAACUAAUAACCAACAGGUGUCUCUGAGAUCUCUAGAGAACAACAAUGAUCAGGACUCAAGAGUACAGCAGCCUCCAUUGGUUACCUCUUCCAAACCUUGCGACACCUCCUCCACCAAUGGCACUGGCAAAUCACAGAAUAGCCAUUUACCAAAGCAAGUCUUCCCUUGGAUGAAGGAAACAAGACACCACACCAAGCAGAGCAGCAACGUUCAUUCUUCAGAUCCCAGCUCUCCACCCAGCCUCUCCUCUUCCAAGAGAGUCCGCACAGCCUACACCCACACCCAGCUGGUGGAGCUGGAGAAAGAGUUCCAUUUUAAUAGGUACCUCUGCCGGCCACGCAGGCUGGAGAUGGCCCGGCUUCUGAGGCUCUCCGAGAGGCAAAUCAAGAUCUGGUUCCAAAACAGAAGGAUGAAAUACAAGAAAGACAGUCGGGCCAAGGGGGCUGUCAGGAAGUCACCAAGCAAAUGCCCUCCAGAGAGUGACUAUUAUAGUCCAAUGGAGGCAGAGUACUACGAGGCGGCCACCGUGAACUCCUGUAGCAAGGCCCAGAGAGGAAGGUAUAGCUCAGUAGUUUAUCCAGAUCCCUUCUUCGACAGCCCCUUCACUCCAGCCUCCUCUGCAUAUGGGCCCCUCUCUAUGCAAGGGGAGGGUCUUCAUUACGGACCUCCAGUUCUUCAAGAGAGUCCGAGUGAGAUGGGAGAAAAUUACCUGGGAAAUGUGCCCGAGGCUGACUCACUCUACAGCUUCCCUGACUGCUCCUCCACAAACCUGGACUACAGCUGUGUUUCUGAACUCCCCAGCCAUCACCAGCUUGGGCCUUCCAACUCACAUCCCAUUUACGCAGACUUAACCACACAUCCUGUGCCUCAGGGAGAUUCUCAGGGACCUGUAAAUCUUAUGCAUCUGUGAGGGCUCCCUGCCAUGGAAACCAAGCAGGGGAAAUUGCUACAGUCCUAUUAUCUCAUUAAAAAAAAUACCUCUAAGUGCAACCAACAGUAUUCCU